UUGAGGAGAUAAGGGGGAAAGAAGAGUUUCACGUGUCACGUUUUGAAGGUUAGAAAAAUCCAAAUGAAAUCUGCAGAAAUAGGAAGACAUCCACUUCCACAUAUCAUAUCAUCAUUUCCUAUCUCCACACCACACCACACCACACCGCAACCGCUUUCUCUUUCACAUUCACAUGUCCCUCACACAUAAUAAAUAAACACAUGGCUACCGCCACGCUCCACAAGUGCCUCACUGCAACGAAAUGCAGCAAAGUCUCUUCCAGGGGCCAACAACACUCCAUCUGCUUCCUCCACUACCACCAUGUAACGCAUUCUCCUCUACACAAACCGCGAUGCGACCCUUUUUAGUUGAACCACUAAUGCCAUGUUUGUGUCUCGUUUUUGCUGCUCAGGGACCCGUGUGUCAGGGGUGCUACCUCUCCAUGAACGGUUGCAGAGAGGAACAGCGCCGAUAUUCACGGGCGAGGAAGCACCCUGUUGGGACCGUCGAGACCAGAACCUUGGAGCCUGUCGCGUCACCUGCGAUGGCCAUGUACAGCCUCAACAUGGCGGUUUCCGAGAUGAAAUCCGAGGCUCCGUUUGGCACCUCGUCGGGGAUUGUGAGGGUGCAGGUGCCGAUUGAAGAGCAGGUUGAAGCCAUUGAUUGGCUUCAUUCGCAGAACCACGUUCUGCUUCCUCGCUGCUACUUCUUUGGUAGGGAAAAACAGAAACAGAGUGCUUGCUGCAUCGGUGAGAAGUUGGUGAGCGUUGCUGGUGUGGGUUCUGCUGUUUUCUUUUCACAGCCACACGCCUUUUCCUAUUGGGAUUGGAUAUCUAUACGCAGGUUUCUUUCUGAGAGAUGCCCUUUAAUCCGUGCUUAUGGAGCUAUUCGUUUCAAUGCAAAAGCUAAGGUGUCAUCAGAGUGGCUGGCUUUUGGUUCUUUCUACUUCAUGAUUCCUCAGGUUGAGUUCAAUGAGCUUGAAGGAGGAUCAAUGCUUACCAUUACUGUUGCUUGGGAUAAUGAUCUUUCUUGGUCAUGGGAAAAUGCAAUCAAUGCACUCCAAGAAACACUUGGCAAAGUUUCUUCUUCCAUUGUGAAGUUUCCAAAACAAACUCCUCCAACAUUAAUUUUAAGUAGCCAAAACAUUCCUAAUAAAGUAGAUUGGGAUAUCGCAGUUAAUGGGGCUCUGCAGAUGAUAGAGCGAAAUGAUUCCUUGCUAACCAAGGUUGUGCUAGCUCGUAGCACUAGAGUAGUGCCAACUGUUGAUAUUGAUCCUCUUGCAUGGUUGUCUUGCUUAAAGGUGGAAGGUGACAAUGCUUACCAGUUUUUACUCCAGCCACCAAAUGCACCAACAUUCAUUGGAAACACACCAGAGCAACUAUUUCACAGAAAAUCACUCUGCAUUACUAGUGAGGCUUUGGCUGGAACCCGUGCUAGAGGAGCAUCACAAACACUAGAUCGUCAAAUUGAACUUGACUUACUUACCAGUCCAAAGGAUGACAUUGAAUUUACUAUAGUGAGAGAUACCAUAAGAAGAAAAUUAGAGGCAGUAUGUGAAAAGGUUGUAAUCAAGCCAGAGAAAAUGAUAAGGAAACUCCCCAGGAUUCAACAUUUAUUUGCUCAAUUAUCAGGCAGGUUAAGAAGCGAAGAAGAUGAGUUUGAAAUUUUAUCAUCUCUUCACCCAAGUCCAGCAGUUUGCGGGUUUCCAACAAAAGAGGCACAACUUUUAAUUGCAGAAACAGAAGUAUUUGAUCGAGGGAUGUAUGCUGGACCCGUUGGUUGGUUUGGAGGAGGAGAGAGUGAGUUCGCUGUUGGCAUCAGAUCAGCAUUGGUGGAAAAGGAUCUGGGUGCAUUUAUUUAUGCUGGGACAGGGAUAGUGGAAGGGAGCAAUCCUUACCUGGAGUGGGAUGAGCUAGAACUAAAGACAUCUCAGUUCACCAAGUUGCUGAAACUUGACUUGCCUCAGAGACAAAAAGUAGACUGUAAAUGAGUUUCAUCAAGGCAUCAACUGAUACGUUUAGCACUUAGCAUUGUUAAAGACUGACAAUUUACGCUGAUGAAGUUCUUUAAUAGCAUGUGUUAGAGAUUGGUGAUUGAUGGUUUUUGUAUAUCAACUGUUGCAUUGAACUUAAUUAUAAAAUUCAUAGAGUGGAUAGUUUGUUUCAAAUCUCAAAA